CACAGACUUCUAAUGAAAACAACUUUGGCAAAAAUCUUAACUUUGAUAAUUUUGAAAAUAGUACUGCUACUAGCGAAGAUUUCAAUAAUGAGCAAGAUAUGACCAAUAAUACUAAAUUAGAAAAAUCUCAUUUUGCUAAAGAAAAUUUAAAAUGGAAUCCAAAUUGGAAAACAACUUAUCCAUGGGUUGAUUUAGUACAUAAUAUUGCUACACUUAAUUUUGAGGAUCUAUGUCUUCUUAUUGAGUUACAAAUUCAAAAUUCUAAUGAAAAUAUUAUUCUGGGUGGUGCAAAUCUUCUAAAUUCACCUAAACCAACAACUACAAUGAAAUCUACACAUAGUGAAUAUGGAUCUUAUAUUAAUGAUCAUACUGCAAGACAAUUUAUUUCAGCAAUUGCACGUAUUAUUGAAGAGGCUACACUUAAUGAAUUACGAACCUCUAAAGCAUGGAGUCUUAUGAUUGAUGAAAUUUUUCAUUAUUUGGGUAUUAUUAAACUUCAGAGCGCAUCAUCAAAUGCAAUUCUUAAUGAUUUAGAGCAGUUUAUUCUUGCUAAACAUUUACCUCAUGAAACACUUUAUCAUUUUGGAAGUGAUGGCGCUAGUGUUAAUUUAG